UGGUAUGAGAUGGUGAUCAGCUCAAAUCAAGAACAACGAAACAUUUCGCACAAGUUUUCCAUAUUCCAGAAUUACUUGUACCGUGAAGGCAGAAACAGAUAUGGAGAAUGCCAGUGAAAGUGGCACCUUUCCGGUAGCAAUUAUAGGCAUGGGGUGCAGAAUGCCAGGUGGUGUGACAUCAACCGAAGACUUCUGGAAGGUCCUUCAAGACGGUAAAGAAUGCAUUACCGAGGUACCAGCUGAUCGUUGGUCACUGGAUGCAUUCUACGACAAGGAACAAGGUAAACAAGGCAAGAUUGUCACUAGGAGAAGCGGAUUUAUAGACGGUAUCGAUAAAUUUGACAGCAUAUAUUUUAGGAUCUCACCAAAAGAGGCGGCGGCAAUGGAUCCACAGCAAAGAAUCUUAUUAGAAGUCACGCAUGAAGCAUUCGAGGAUGCUGGAAUCAUACCAGAAGAACUGCAAGCAAAUUGUGGCGUAUUUGUAGGUAUUGGAUUAAUGGACUAUGCCAUACAAACGAAUAACACAUCAACCAUCGACCCUUAUGUGGUUACAGGAUCAGCCCACAGUGUCGCAGCAAACAGACUAUCCUAUGCAUUUAAUUUGAAAGGACCAAGCUAUGCCGUAGACACGGCAUGCGCAUCAUCCAUGACCGCUAUGCACCUAGCUUGCUCUGCUCUCCGAAACAGAGAAUGUGAGAUUGCUGUUCUUGGGGGCGCUAAUGCUCUUAUCAUCCCUGAAACUUCAGCUGCCUUCAGUUCUCUUGGUGUGCUUUCUCCAGAUGGAAAAUGUUGUCCAUUUUCUGACUCGGCCAAUGGUUACGUAAGGGGCGAGGGUUGGGGAACUAUGAUUCUUAAACCUCUCGAUCAAGCCCUCUUAGAUAAUGAUCAUGUCUAUGCCACUAUUAUCGGUACGUCGAUUUCUGCCAACGGCUACAGCCAAAGCCUUACGAUGCCAUCAGUGUCAGCACAACAGCAAAUCAUGGAAGAAACGUAUAGGCGAUUUGGCGUGAACAUGGCGGAUGUCGAAUAUAUAGAGGCACAUGGGACAGGUACACCAGUCGGGGAUCCAAUAGAAGCAGAAGCCAUAGGCAAAGCCUUUGGUCCACUUCGUACAGAACCUCUUAAGGUUGGAUCUGUAAAGAGCAACUUUGGUCAUAGUGAAUGUGCUGCAGGCGUUGUAGCCACUAUAAAAACUGUACUGAUGCUCAACAAAGGUAUUUUAGUACCAACAAUCAACUAUACAAAACCAAAUCCAAAGAUACAACUCGAAGACUGGAAACUACAAGUACAGACCACGGUUGAGCCACUCCGAUCAAAUGGAAAGGCAAUCGUCGGUAUAAAUAGUUUUGGAUUUGCUGGGGCCCUUGCCCAUGCUAUUUUACAGGAAUCACCUAGAUUACAACACAAUGAUCUACCCGACCCAAUGAGAUGGUCAUUUGGUGAAGGAGAGAAUAAAGGUAAACCGAUGAUAGUGCCACUCUCAGGAAAAUCGUUGAAUGCACUUCACGAUCUAUCUUCUAAAUGGAUUGACUUUGAAUGUGAAGAUGAUGCUAUGCACGCCAUUAGCUGGCAGGCGACUCACAGAAAACAUCAUGAAAAUCGUCUUGCUGUCAUUGCUUCAUCGGGACAAGAAUUUCGAGAAAGAUUAAGAAAUUUCAACAUAAGUGAAAGUGGGCAGGGUAUAUGCACUGGAACAGCAAACUACUCCACACAUAAAAUUUGCUUCAUUUUUCCUGGACAAGGACAGCAAUGGGUGAACAUGGGAAGGCAGCUCUACAGAACAGAACCAGUAUUUCGGAAUGCUGUAAACAAAUGCGAUGCUAUUUUCAGUAAAAUUAGUGGUUGGUCACUAAUACAAUCUAGAGGAUUGUUCAAUGGUCAUCUUGAAGAUGAAAACAUGGUAAAUGAUGAAAAUAUCAAUGAUAUGGAAAUAAGUCAACCAUCUAUUGUGUUUUUACAGAUAGGUCUGUAUGAGUUAUGGCGGCACUGGGGUUUGCAACCUGACGUCGUGGUUGGGCAUAGCCUUGGAGAAGUUGCGGCUGCAUAUGCAUGCGGAGGUCUCACCUUAACCGAAGCCAUUACAGUUAUUUACCAUAGAAGCAAGAACCAAGCACUCCUAAAAGGGGCUGGUAGCAUGGUCGCUGCUAGACUUACACAUACCGAAGCAUUAGAAUUGUGCGCAAAACAUGACGAUCUAUUCAUAGCAGCUGAAAAUGCCUCUGGUUCUGUGACAUUGGCAGGUUCUGAAGAUAGCGUUCUGUCGGUGGUAAAUGACAAUCACAUAAAAGCUAAACAACUUCGAGUUCAGUGUGCUUUUCAUACACCUUACAUGGAUCCUAUGGAAAAACCAUUCCGAGCUUCAAUGGAAGGAGCUGUUACUACCCCACCAGGUAUUCGUAAAGUUCCAUUUUAUUCGACAUUAACUGGCGAGCAUUAUAAAGGUGAUUUUGAAACUGAGUAUUGGUGGGGAAACAUUAGAAGUACUGUCAAGUUUGAAACUGCAAUUACAAAUAUACUUCAAGAUAUUGGUGCAAACAUUUUCAUAGAAUGUGCCGCUUCUGCUACGCUGGUGUCUUCUGUAAAACAAAUCGCAAAGGAACAUGGUCAAAGUGACAUUGUCACAUUGGCAUCAGGACACCGUCAACAAGAUGACAGAAUAUCGGUUCUAAAUGCUGUAGGUCAACUCUAUAUACAGGGAGUACCUUUAGAAUGGAAGAAUAUCACUAGCGGUGUGAAUAAGUGGGUAGACAUUCCAAAAUACCCAUGGCAGCACGAAUCGUUUUGGAAAGAACCUGAGGAAAGAUACAAAAAGCGUCUUGGAAAAGAGGAUCUUACUUUCAAAGGUCAACACGGCAAUCUAUCUCUUAACACUUUUUCAUUUCUUGCUGACCACGUGGUCCGUGACAAAGUUGUAUUUCCGGCAGCUGGCUAUGUGGAAUAUGCAUUGCAGUCAUUCUUUCAAGAAGACGAGUGCCCAAGUCUUUAUAAUGUUACCUUCAAACGCGUUUGCACUUGGAAAGGUAAUGAUGCAGGCAACAAUGAAUCCCAAUAUCUAAAACUUCAGUGUGCCAAGAAUGGUAAUCUCAUAGAAAUUACUUCCGAUAACAGUGUCUUCAGUGACAGCAUCAUUUCAAGUUCCAGUAAUGCAAUAGAAAAUGAACCAUUUGAUAUUGAUGCUAUUUACGCAAGGUGUUCUGAGCAUCAAGAAAAGGAGGAAUUUUACGAUAGGUUGGGAUCGCUAGGUCUUAACUAUGGCCCAGCAUUUCAAGUUGUUUCUGAUGUUCAAGUGGGAGACGGAGAGAUUUUAGGUACUUUGAGCCCCCCGGAAGACAACAAACAGCGAAUUCAAACGACUCAAUUGGAUGGAUGUUUCCAGCUACUUUUGCAAGCUGUUGGCGAAAAAACAACACUUUACCUUCCUGUUGGUAUUAAAAGUAUCAGGAUGCAUGUAGCAAAACUUCCACCCUUCGAAGAGUUCUUUGCGUAUGCUCGAAUUAAUGAAUGUGACAGUAUAAUGAUGUCUGGUGACGUUUUCAUGAUAUCAAAAUGUGGUCAAAUAUUGGCAAAACUUAUUGGGGUGCAUUUCAAAAAUAUUGAUGGUGUAAAAUCUGACACAAAUAUAGAUGAUUGCCUCUAUCAAACAGUUUGGCAACCUUCUAAUUCAUGUAUGACCGGCACAUCAACACUGAAACAAGUAUUCAAUGAAAACCAUCUAAAUGCAGUCUAUUCUGACGAAAUGGAGAAAAUCAAUAGAGUCCAAGAACACACAGAAGAAAUUAAGGAAAUAUGUGUUUCAUUCAUCUCUCAUGGUUUAGAAAGUGUCAGUACUAAAGAUAUUGCUGUUCAUCCUCGUUAUCUUGAACGGCUGAGACACAUUGUUGCUGACACAUCUAUAAAGAAGUUGUCUUAUGAGACAAUUCAUCAGAAGCUGAAGAAUCUCGACGAAAAUAUUCCCGAACUUAAACACGAAUUAGAAAUGAUAAGGUGCCUUGGAGAGAAUUUUACAAAGACGUUGGUGGAUCCUGGAAGUGCUGUCAAACUUCUCUUUCGCCCAGAAUGUCUUCCCAGCUACUUCAUGGAUUCAUUAACAACAAGGCUUUUCUAUAAAGCUGGAACAGAAGUUAUACACAAAGCCGUUCAAUGUGCAGCUGAAAAGAAACAAGUUGUUCGAGUGUUGGAGGUAGGUGGAAGAAUGGGUGGUCUUGCUAAAUAUGUCUUGGAACCUCUUAAACAUCUUGGAGAACAACACCGUCUUGAGUAUAUAUUCACCGAUCUCAGCGUUACAUUCUUCAUGCAUGCAAAAGGUACCCUCGAUAAAUAUCCAUUUGUCAAAUAUCAACAGCUAGAUAUCGAGAAAGACCUUGCUGGUCAAGGAUUUGUUCCAGGGUCUAUUGAUUUAAUUGUUUGUUUGGAUACCAUACAUUCUGUAGUGGAUGUUGACGAUACGCUAUCGCGAGUCAACCAACUUCUAGUGGAUGAUGGUCUGUUUCUGAUGUAUGAAGCUACAAACACACACUUUAUUUCAGAACUCGUGUUCGGAUCUCUCGAUCUCUGCUGGGUGUUUCAAGAUUCCAGAAAAGAUACGUGUUGGUUAUCUAAGGAGGAAUGGGCAGAAUCUAUGUCAAAGAACGGAUUUGUCCAGGUGGAAUCUGCCUCAACACCUGAAGAAUUUUUCCAUAGUGUAUUACUCGGCAAGAAACCAUCACCAAUGUGCCAGCAACAAGACAAAAGAACGACUAGCCAAUCUAACUACAUGAUCAUUUGUGACCAGAAGAGUGAAAUGUCAGGAGGUAUUGAACAAAACCUGAACGGGAAUGUGAAAUGCGAAACAUUACAAACUCUGGACAAAUGUGGGCUUUCAGAAAUCUCGAAUGAAAGUGCCCAAGAAUUAAUAUAUCUUUGGAGUGAUUCUGAUAAUGACUGUCAUUUCUUGCUCAAAUUAAUACAACAUGUGGAUGCAAAUCCAGAUGUGUUUGCUAGAGUUUGGUUCGUAACAUCUGGAUCAAACAUGGAUUCUACAAAUAUCGAUGGAAGCAAAGCCAUUGGGAUGUUGCGGGCUGUAUCGAAUCAAUGUCAAACACCCAUUUUCACGAUUGAUACUGAUCCUAACAGCUCACCAUCAAAACAGGCUGAACUCUUGGUGAAAUAUAUAUCAUUUAAACAACAUGGAGAAAGGGAAAUAGUCAUUCGUAACAACACAUACCUUUAUCCACGACUUACACAUUUACACGUGCACAAUGAGAAUGUAGAUGUGAAAACACCGUUUUGGCAGUUGACACAAAAUGAUUCAUCGCCAGUCGCAUCUUUAGAUGAUUUGGGUGUUUCCUAUACGAAUGAAAUUACUCUUCCUCCCCCUGGCAAGAUAUUGGUUAGAGUAAAAUGUACGGCGUUGAACUUUAAAGACGUGAUGAUGGCCUUAGGAAUGCUUGAGGAACUGGUGACGCUAGAAGGCAGGCAAUUUGGUCUAGAGAUGAGUGGCAUUGUUGUGAAAGUUGGAGAAGGUGUAACACACAUCCAGGAAGGUGACAAGGUAAUCGGAUUUGGUGAACAUUGCUUUGCUUCCCAUGCUAUUUGUGACGCUAAUUUUGUCAUCGAAAAACCUAUAAAUUUGUCAUGGGAAGAAAGCGCCGGUGUUUCUAUCGUUUUUGCAACCUCAUACCAUAGUCUAGUAGAGCGCGCUAACCUACAAGAAGGAGAAACAGUUCUUAUACAUUCUGCAUGUGGAGGUGUGGGACUGAGUGCCAUACAAGUGGCUAAAAUGAUCGGUGCAAAUAUCAUCUGUUCAGCCGGGACUCAGAGAAAACGUCAUUAUUUGAAGGACGCACUUGGCAUCCAACAUGUCACGAACUCGCGAUCAGAUUCGUUCUAUGAUGAUAUCAUGAAGUGGACAGAUGGAAAAGGUGUUGAUGUGGUACUGAACUCCCUGGGAGGUGAUCUACUGACAAAAGGAAUUCAAUGUCUCGCUCCUGGUGGUCGUUUUUGUGAGAUCGGUAAGCGUGACAUACUAAAGAAUUCGGCCUUACAGAUGCAUUUACUUCUUGAGAACAAAUCAUUUCUCUCAUGCCAAAUAGACUUUAUGAUUAAGCUACAGAAACCAAAAAUCCAGAGUCUGUUGCAGACAGUGGGAAAGCUACUUGAGGCAGGCUCUUUGAAACCAGUCAAUUUUGAAGUGUCAUCAAUUGAAAACUACCAAGAAGUAUUAGCCAGAACGGCUAAAGGCUCCCAUAUAGGUAAAAUGAUAUUCAGCAUCCCAGACGAAGUGCAGCCUCCUAAAAUAAAUAAAACAUCUAAGAUUUUCAAGAAUAAAGCAACUUACAUCAUCACUGGGGGAUUUGGUGGGAUUGGUCUCGCUAUGUCUCGCUGGCUCGCACUGAAAGGCGCACAGUACAUUGCACUUGUUUCCCGGAGAGGAUGUAGAAAUUCAGCUGGUCGACGAACGACAGAAUUCUUGCGUAGGAAAGGAGUCACUGUAUAUGAAUUUGCCAUUGACAUCAGUAAGUCAUACGGAGUUGAAAAACUUAGAGAUGAACUGAGAAUGAAAGGGGCCCCACCUGUUAAAGGUAUAUUUCAUCUGGCUGGCUACAUCGCUGAGGAAUCUCUUCAAAGUCUUACAUAUGAUGAAGCAGACGCAAUUAUUUCUUCAAAAGCAACUAGUGCUCAACUGCUAGAUGCUUACACUCAAGACUUCGAUCUCGACAUUUUCUUCAUGCUAUCUUCUGUGACAGCAACAUGGGGUCAUUCAUCACAGCCUAUGUACAUCGCCGCUAAUAACUUCCUUGAUUCGCUAGCGGAGAAACGGAGAAGUAAUGGAUUGCCAUCUCUUAGUGUUCAGCUGGGACCAGUUAGAGGCGCCGGAUACCUAGAAAGCAGAUCGGACGUUACCAACACUCUGGCUUUGAAGGGGCAUCACUCUCUGCACGUUGACGAAUUCUUAGAAGUUUUAUCAACGCUUUUGCAAUCAUCAAAUAUUCCUGCUGUUGUUUGUCUUGCAAACCAGGAUUGGAGUGCAACACAAAUGUUUAGUUACAAGGAAAGCCUGAAAUAUAACCAUUUGGCAGUCAGUGACAACUUGUCUAAGACCGAAUGCGCGCUAAGUCUUCAAGACGUAGAGCAACGUGUCUUACAGAAGUUAGGUAUGUUGCUGUGCCUGGACGCAAAAAAUAUUGAUAUUAAUCAGCCAAUGGUGAACUACGGAGUCGACUCAUUGAUGGCCGUCGAAAUGGUGACUUGGGCUAGCAAAGAGCUAAAUGUUGUUGUUUCACAACUCGACAUAUUGGGAGGUAUAACCACUAAAUUACUACUGGAAAAGGCAAUAAACAAUGAUGUCGUAUUGCCUCUGAAGCAAUAUUCGUAAUCGAUUUAAAAUUGAUGCACUCACAAUAACUAACUAGAGAUACUAUGUUCAAUAGAACAUGAACCCAGUCAUUUUUUAAGAGAUAACCACCUUUAACUUCAACCUGUGGUAGGAGUCCAACAUGCAACUGGUCCAAUAUUUGAUAAUUUUCAAUAAAGUGACCCCGUGAAUUUUUACCUAUAGAUGUAGAGUAGUUUCUCAUGUUUAGAAGUUCCUAAUGAUCAUUCCUGGUAAAUUCGAGCUUAAUUGCUAUAUUUUGAAAAUUUGACCCAGAUGACCCCUAUGUAACCACUGAUGCCAGACAGGGGUUAAGGAGGUGUCACUGGUUCCUAAUGAUCAAAUUU